GACCUCCUUGGGUGGUUGGUCGAGCUGGGUAGUGGCGGGCGCAGCGGGGUCUGAGCCGGCGCGCUCUUGCCUCUGUCCCCCCCGCCCCGCCCCGGCCUCGUUCAGGCCUGCGAGCCAGCCCAGCUUGGGCUGGGGGGCGCCGAGCCGGGACCAUGUCGGACCAAGAGGAGCAGCGGGCCAAGGAGAUCCUGAAGGGCUUCAAGCUAAAUUGGAUGAACCUCCGGGAUGCCGAAACAGGGAAGAUUCUCUGGCAAGGAACCGAAGACCUCUCCGUCCCUGGGGUAGAACACGAAGCUCGAGUCCCUAAGAAAAUCCUGAAAUGCAAAGCCGUCUCUCGGGAGCUCAACUUCUCCUCGUCAGAACAGAUGGAGAAAUUCCGCCUGGAACAGAAAGUGUAUUUCAAAGGACAAUGUCUAGAAGAAUGGUUCUUCGAGUUUGGCUUUGUGAUCCCCAACUCCACAAACACCUGGCAGUCCUUGAUAGAGGCGGCACCAGAGUCUCAGAUGAUGCCCGCUAACGUCCUAACCGGAAACGUUAUCAUAGAAACCAAGUUUUUUGACGACGACCUCCUCGUAAGCACUUCCAGAGUAAGACUGUUCUACGUUUGAGAGAAGGCCCCGGGGGGGCGGGCGGGGGGGCGGAGAGAGAAGAGGCCUGGUUUAGUUUCCCCCCUCCCCCUUCUGCUGGUCUCUGGCACGGAAGAACCCCCCACCCCAUCCAACAGCAUCCCGCGGAAGACGGUUCCUUUAGGCGGGGACCCCGGAGCCCUGGUUGGUGUGACGUUUGCGUGUCCUCGGUCGUCCUCCUCCUCCUGACCAGACGGAGCAGUCUGGGCCGUUUUGACGUGCCACGGUCUGCUCAGGAUUUUCGGGGAGGUGUUAAGGACCGCACGUCUCAAACAAGGGGAAGAACAUGGUUAUGAAGGAUCAAGACUGUAAACUGUUUAGUUUGUUGUUCUUUUUUAAAAAAAAAAACCUUUAUAGAUCUUGGAAUCUUAGUAACCGGAUUCCGCUCCUUAUUUUUCUCUCUUGCUUUUUUUUGGGCAGGUGUUACGUUUCCUCGAUUUUCCUACUUUUAAGUUAACUUCUCUUGUACUUAACCUGUAAUCCCUCCUCCUGUCUCCUCCUCUUCUUCUUCUUUUUUGGGGGGUUAAAAAAAAUCCAUUUCGUCUCGUUCCUGAUUUUUGCCUAACCGGUCCCCACGCCGACUCCUGCCCCCACCCGUUAAAACUUGUAAAAUAGACUUGACGUUAUUGCAUAAUGUAAUUUAAAAUUUCUGAAUUAAAAAAAAAAAGCAAAUGUUCCUACUA